AUGUCGGGGUUGAAUUCAAUCAUAAGUUUGUUGCGUCGUACUGUCUCAGGCGGCAGAAUAAUAAUUAUUACACGGUUUCUUGCAAUUGCUGGUAUUGCUGGUACAGUUCAUAAAGUUGGUUUACUUAAUGAUGAAACGGCAAGACAACUGUUUAUGGAAAUCAUGGGCAAAGCAAAUCAGCAGAAAGCUCCACCCAGACUCUGGGAAAUGUGCGGCGGUCUGCCGUUAGCCAUUGUUACAAUGGCUAAGCAGGUCGCCUUCAACGCAGAGAAAACAAAAAAGGAAUGGCGCAUGUUUUGCUCUUCUUUCCAGACGAGCACCGGUACAAGUCAGGACACGUACCAACUCACCAAGAAGAUACUUAGUACCUGCUACAACGAUAUGCCUGCUGAGAUCAAGGCAUGUGCCUUGUAUUUUAGCAUGUUCCCAUGUGGUCAAAAGAUCAGCAAGAAGCGUCUGACAAGGCGAUGGAUUUCAGGAGGUUUUGUCACUGAGAUGCAGGGGUUAAGUGCAGAGAAGGUUGCAGAGACAUACUUGAAUUACCUCAUCAGGAGGAACUUCAUACAAGCCACGGAGCACAGCAGCAAUGGAGAGGUGAAGAGCUAUCAAGUCCACUCCAUGGUUUUUGAGUACAUUGUAUCGAAGGCAAGCGAGGAGAAUUUUGUCACUACAACUGGUGUCUGUGGCAUGGUGCCGCCUUGCAUUAGCACCAAAGUCCGCCGAUUGUCUGCUAGAUACAGAGGUUCUUCGAAGUCUAGAGAAGAACUGGAGACCAUGAACUUGUCUCAUGUCCGAGACGUGACCAUGUGUGGGAGUUUGAAGCAACUGCCUUCUAGUUCAUUCAAGUUUAGUGGAGUUGUGCAACUACUAGACCUUGAAGGUUGCAAGGAUUUUAAACAGCAACAUACUAAGGAGAUAUGCAGAAUGUUUCUACUCAAGUAUCUCAACCUUCGAAGAACCGACAUUAAGAAGCUCACAAAAAGGAUUGGAGAUCUCCGGUUUUUGGAGACUCUUGACGUAAGGGAAACCAAUGUUACAGAGCUGCCCAAAGCCAUCUGCAAGCUUGAACGAUUGGUUAAUAUAUUUGGUGGCAACAAAAGAACAAGGAAGGCAUUGAAGCUUCCUGAAGAACUGGAGACGAGGAAAAAGAUGAAGGCUCUUCGUAUACUGACAGGUAUUGAGAUUGGUACUGCGGACCUCCAUCAUCUGACCGAUCUGAGGAAGCUCGCCAUUUACAAGCUUAACAACGAUACGGGGGGUUGUCUUUUCAAUGAAUUAAGCUCCUCGAUCGAGUACCUCGGUGGCUACUCUCUCUAUGCCCUGGUAAUUCAUGAUGACUCAGCUGAGUUUCUCAAAUUACUAGGUGAUCUCUCUGCCCCUCCCAAGUUUCUCAAUGCCCUCGAGUUUUCUGGCAAGUUGGUUGAGCUCCCGAAAUGGAUUACAGAACUGGAUGCACUCACAAAGCUAACCCUCUCAGUGACGGCUCUUCGGGCAGAUAAUUUGGAGCUCCUUAGCAAGAUAUGCAGUCUGUUUUCACUCACAUUCUCACUUCAUGCAACAAAACAGGAUCAAGAAACAGCUGACAUUGUUGAGGAAAACAAGGCAUGCUCAGAUGGGGUGAUAUUGUUUCCGGUUGGCGGAUUUGAGAAUCUCAAGCUCCUUCGUUUCUUUGCCCCUUAUGUGCCACAACUAAGCUUUCAAGAUGGCGCAGUGCCGACCCUCGAGAGGCUUGAGCUACGGUUCAGCAACUUUGAGGGCCUUGUUGGCAUAAAAGGGCUGAAAAAUCUCCAAGCGGUGCAUAUUAAAGUAUAUGACAAAGCAAGUGAGACCACCGAGUCAAUAAUAAAAGAAAUGACAACUGCAGCGAGGGAAGAUCGUGAGGGACCAAGAAUAUUCUUGGAUUAA